CCGGCUCGCACCCGGUCCUCCCGGGCCCGGCUUCUUCCGUUUCCCUCCUCGGCUGCCACGGCCGGGCUUCCGCUUCCCUUUGCUGCGCCCCCGGGCCCCGGUUUGCGACUGCUUCCUGGGCUUGGGUGCUGGGUUCUGGUUCCUCCCACCCCCUCUCCUCGCUCCCAGACCAUCACCUGGCUCUUGGGAGUCUGGAAGAGCCACAGCGGCGACCCUCGGCCUCGGCGAGCGGCCGGCCCCGGGCCUCCCACGAGCCUCCCGGGCUCCGCAGCGGUGAGCUGAGCCCCCAGCUACACAAGCGGGACGUUUUCGUUUCUGCACUACGUUUCCCACAGGCCCCAGGGCCGCGAGAACUUCGACCCUUGGUUCCCCUUCCGGUGUCUUCGUGGUUACUGGGUUAAGCCGGGUGAGUUGAGGUGACCCAGUUCGGCUGCGGGAGGGGCUCGCGGUGAGGCCUCAAGCGCCCGGGGCGCGGAGGGGACAUUGGAGCCUCGAGGCUGUGUGUGCGUGAGCCGCGGAGCACGGGACUGCGGGGGCUCGUCUGUGACGGCGUCACUGUGGAGUUAGUCCGCGCGUGUCAGUGAGAGGGAGAAACAGCUUCUGCCAGAGAAGGCUCCUGAAGUGGAGGAGAGCAUUGCCACUUACAUAAUGGCCCGUUCAAGUUUUGAUGGGGACCCUGCCUGUGGAGCUCCUCAUGCCAUGAUGCCAGAAGUGGAAUUCCCUGACCAAUUCUUGACAGUUCUAACCAUGGACCAUGAAUUGUUGACAUUCAGGGAUGUGGUCAUCAACUUCUCUCAGGAGGAGUGGGACUAUCUGGAUUCUGCUCAGAGGGACUUGUACUGGGAUGUGAUGAUGGAGAACUACAGCAACUUGGUUUCACUUGAUUUGGAGUCCAAAUAUGACACAAAGAAUUUAUCUAUAGAGAAGGACAUUACUGAAAACAACAGUUCUGAGUGGAAAGUAACAGAAGGUAGUAAAUUCCUUGGUUUUGAGAGCUCCUUUUUUAGAAAUGACUGGCAGAGCAAAAGCAAGACUGAAGUACGAAGACCUGAAGUGGGAUCCUUCAGUCAAAUGACAAUCAUCUCUGAAAAAUUGCCCAAUUACAAAAAUCAUGAAUCUCUUACAUUACAUCAGAGAAUUCAUGAAAGCAAGAAGCCCUAUGAAUAUAAAGAAUAUGGGAAGGUCUUCAGUUGUGACUUAAACUUUGAUGAAUAUGACAGAAUACAUACUGGUGAGAAAACCUAUGAAUGUAACAGAUAUUGGAAAACCUUUGGAGUAGAUGACCCACAUACCCUACCACUGAAUAUUCAUACUGGUAUAAAACCUUGUAAAUAUAUGGAAUAUGAGGAUGCGUUUAGUUUUUAUGAAGACCUUAGUGUACAUCAGAAAAUUCAUGAUGAUCAGAAGUGCUAUAAAUGUAAGGAAUACGGAAGAACCUUCAGAAGAGUUGAAGCAAUUACUCCACUUCAAAGAAUACAUGAUGGUGAGAAACCCUAUGAAUGCACUUUCUGUGGGAAAUCCUUUAGAGUGCAUGCACAACUUACUCGACAUCAGAAAAUCCAUACAGAUGAGAAACCUUAUAGAUGUAUGGAAUGUGGCAAGGACUUUAGAUUUCAUUCACAGUUAACUGAACACCAGAGAAUUCACACUGGUGAAAAACCGUACAAAUGUAUACAAUGUGAGAAGGUCUUUAGAAUUAGUUCACAGCUUAUUGAACAUCAGAGAAUUCAUACUGGUGAGAAACCUUAUGCAUGUAAAGAAUGUGGGAAGACUUUUGGAGUCUGUAGAGAACUUGCUCGACAUCAGAGAAUUCAUACUGGUAAGAAACCCUAUGAAUGCAAGGCAUGUGGAAAGGUCUUUAGAAAUAGUUCAUCUCUGACUAGACACCAGAGAAUUCAUACUGGUGAGAAACCCUAUAAAUGUAAGGAAUGUGGGAAAGCUUUUGGAGUAGGUAGUGAACUUACUCGACAUCAGAGAAUUCACAGUGGUCAGAAACCUUAUGAAUGUAAAGAGUGUGGAAAGUUCUUUAGACUUACUUCAGCCCUUAUUCAACAUCAGAGAAUUCAUAGUGGUGAGAAGCCUUAUGAAUGUAAGGUAUGUGGGAAGGCCUUUAGACACAGUUCAGCCCUUACUGAACAUCAGAGAAUUCAUACUGGAGAGAAACCUUAUGAAUGCAAGGCAUGUGGAAAGGCUUUUAGACAUAGUUCAUCCUUUACAAAACAUCAGAGAAUUCAUACUGGUAAGAAACCCUAUGAAUGUAAGGAAUGUGGGAAUGCCUUUAGUAUGGGCAGGCACCUUACUUGAUAUCAAAGAAGUUAUACUGGUGAGAAAGAGAAACCUUUUGAAUGUAAGGAAUGUGGAAAAAUGUUUAGCCUGAAGCAAAACCUCAUAGAGCAUAAGAAAAUGCAUACUGGAGAGAAAUCACAUGAAUGUACUGAAUGUGGUAAAGUAUUCUCUCGAGUCUCCUCCCUUACUCUACAUUUGAGAAGUCAUACAGAAAAGAAACCAUAUAAAUGUAAUAAAUGUGGAAAAGCCUUCAGCCAGAAGGGAAACUUCCUUUCUCAUCAGAAACAUCAUAUUGGAGAGAAACCUUAUGAAUGUGGGAAAGCUUCUAUUCAGAUCCCAAGCCUCAUUAAACACCAGAGAAAUCAUACUGGAAACAAACCAUAUGCAUGUAAGGAAUGUGGGAAAGCCUUCAAUGGCAAAUCAUAUCUCACUGAGCAUGAAAAAAUUCAUACAGGAGAGAAACCAUUUGAAUGUAAUCAGUGUGGAAGAGCCUUCAGCCAGAAGCAAUACCUUAUUAAACAUCAGAAUAUCCAUAGUGGAAAGAAACCCUUUAAAUGUAAUGAGUGUGGAAAAGCCUUUAGCCAGAAGGAAAACCUCAUUAUCCAUCAAAGAAUACAUACUGGAGAGAAACCUUAUGAAUGUAAAGGAUGUGGAAAAGCUUUCAUUCAGAAGUCAAGCCUCAUUAGACACCAGAGAAGUCAUACAGGAGAGAAACCCUAUAUAUGUAAAGAAUGUGGAAAAGCCUUCAGUGGCAAAUCAAAUCUCACUGAGCAUGAGAAAAUUCAUAUUGGAGAGAAACCCUAUAAAUGUAAUGAAUGUGGAACAAUCUUUAGGCAGAAGCAAUACCUCAUUAAACAUCACAACAUUCAUACAGGAGAAAAACCCUAUGAGUGUAAUAAAUGUGGAAAAGCAUUCUCUCGAAUUACAUCACUUAUUGUACAUGUGAGAAUUCAUACAGGUGAUAAGCCUUAUGAAUGUAAAAUAUGUGGGAAAGCCUUCUGUCAAAGCUCAUCUCUUACUGUGCAUAUGAGAAGCCAUACAGGGGAGAAGCCCUAUGGUUGUAAUGAAUGUGGGAAAGCUUUCUCUCAGUUCUCAACUCUUGCUCUACAUAUGCGAAUCCAUACAGGAGAAAAACCUUAUCAAUGUAGUGAAUGUGGGAAGGCUUUUAGCCAGAAGUCACAUCACAUCAGACACCAGAGAAUUCAUACUCAUUAAAGCUCUAUGAAUGCCUUGAAUUUAGGAAAACUUUGAACAGAAUUCAUACUUAACAGUAUAUCAGAAAAUUCAUUUUGCAGUAAAUUGAUGUGAAUGUGGAAAAUCCUUCAGCAAGAACUCAAAACUUCAAAUACUGAGAAUUUUAAUAAGAAGUAUCAUAGUAUCAUGAAAACCUAUACCCCCAGAACUCCCACAACAAACAUUGUUAAUGCUGUACUUUUAGGAGCAUUGUCAUUGAAGUAAGCAUCCAGUCAUAGAAAAUAAUCAACACAGUUCUGGAAGGCCUACCUGGUGCAUUAAGACAAAGAUAUGAGAGGUAUAAAGAUUUGAAAUUGAGACAAAAUUGUUCAUUAUUUGUUAUAUGUUUUGCUACAUUUUAAUCAUCAAAAUUAUUUCCUCUUGAUGCAGUGAUAGAAAAUAGAUUGUGACAGAAUGUUGUAUCCAGAAACAUGCAUGUCUUUAUGGGCAAUUGGUAAUUGCGAGAGCUGGUAUCACAAAUUGGUAGGGAAAUCAUGUAUGAUUAAGAAAAUGGUCUCAGGGUAAUUGACACUUCAAAUAUUGGAUCUUUGCUUUUGUCAUAUAUUAAAAUAUUUAUUUAUUAUGAAAUCAAAAAGUAUUGAAGACUGGAAUGCAAAAAGCAAAACUUAGCAAUAUAAACAUUUUAUAGAAUGUUUUCAAACCUUGGGGUAGGAAAAAAUUUCUAAAAUAUAUUCCAGAAUACCCACUCUUGAGUAUAUAUACAUAUACCUGAGAGACUGAUACAUGUACCCGGGGAGUCAUAUACCUUUAUGUUCACUGCAGCAUGAAUUAUAUUAUCAGAAAAUUGGAAACAAAUCUCUGUUCCUUGUGAAAUGGAUGAGUAAAACGUGAUAGAAUCACACAGUAGAAUAUUCUCUAGUGCUUAAGAUAACAAAUUGAUAUAUAUUAACAGAAAGAUCUGGAAAAUCAUGUAGAUUGAAGAAAAAUGAAGUGAUGAAUGUAUUAUGGUACCUGUGUGAAUUUGAAUUAAAUCAACAUUAACCAACACUAGUAUUAAGCAUUGGUUAUGGAUGAACAUUUUUAUGUAAAAGCAUGAAGAAUGGAUUUUAAGGAUAUAUACUCUAUUCUCAAAAGUGGUUGCCUCUAGAAAGAAAGGCAGUAGAAGGGAAAUGGGACCAAGCGUGGCAGUUAAAGAGUACUUCAGUUUUGUAUCUAAAUACCUAUCUCUCAUUAAAAAGAAAUAAAGAUUACAAGUAAAUAUAA